AUGGAAUCCAAAAACUCGUUCACAGGGACAAAUGUUACUCUCGGUACAAACCCACACUGCUUCCACCAGCACAGUCUCAAACUAACCUGGAGUGAGAGCAGAGAGAAGUGUCAGAGCAACGGAGGAGACCUGGUCCAGAUCAAGAGCCGAGACGAACAGGAUUUUCUGGAGGGAAGAGUGUCUUCGCCUUCCUGUUGUGACAAAUUCUGGAUUGGACUGACAGACUCACAGACAGAAGGGGAAUGGCUGUGGUGCGACGGCUCUCCACUGAACCAGAGCUUGGCUUUCUGGACGAGAGAUUCGCACAACACUGAACCAGACAACUGGAAAGAAGAGGAUGAAGAGGGAGAGAACUGUGCCGCUAUCUGGGAGCACUAUCCCAUUAAUAACCCUCUGUCUUGGUACGAUGUGUCCUGCAAAAAGAGGCACAGGUUUAUCUGUGACAAACCAGCUGACAGCACUACAACAUGUGGUUAA